AUGAAUCCCGCGCGCGCUACAGCACCUGUCGAUAUUACGCAACCUGUCAUUCACGAUAUCUUCGAGUCAAGGACAGGAACCUGGCAGUACAUUGUUGCAGACCCAGCGACGAAAGCGGCCGUCAUCAUUGACCCGGUCUUGGAUUAUGACCGGACAACUCAAGUUAUCACCACAACCUCAGCUGAUGAGUUGCUUCAGCUAGUCAAAGAAAAGGGCUACCGAGUGUUGCGGAUUCUUGAAACUCAUGCGCAUGCAGAUCAUCUCACUGCAGCCUCGUAUCUUCAAAAGCGCAUCGCAGAGGAGCGUGGCAGUAAGCCACUGAUUGGAAUUGGGCGACGAAUUGGACAGGUACAAGAUCUCUUCGGUCAACGAUAUGAUGUGCCCAGCGAAGAGCGCCAUGGUGUUUUUGAUAAACUCUUCGAAGACGACGAAAGUUUCAGCAUUGGUAACCUGAGCGCGAUUGCCAUCCAUCUCCCCGGGCACACGCCCGACCAUUUGGGUUAUAAGAUCGGAGACAACGUGUUCUGCGGUGACUCCCUUUUCCACGUCGACAUUGGGACUGCUCGUUGUGACUUUCCUGGUGGAAGCGCGAGCAACCUUUACCACUCGGGCCGCAGGCUUCUUAGCCUUCCAGAUCAUGUCAAAGUCUGGACAGGCCAUGACUAUCCCCCGGACGAUCGAGAAGGCCCGGUGCCAUGGAUGACAGUCAGCGACCACAGAAAGCUAAACAAACAUUUGCGGGACGGUAUCACCGAGGAAGAAUUCGUUGCGCAGCGCAAAGAGCGCGAUGCUAAGCUUGGUGAGCCAAAGCUGCUCCACCAGUCUCUGCAAACAAACAUACGGGCUGGUAAACUCCCACAACCAACGGCUUCUGGGCACCGCAUGCUUCGUGUACCUCUGAGGCUUGGAGGUAUGCAGUGGUAA